GGCUUGGUGUGCGGUGCGGGCGUCGGGUGGAGAGAGAAGGACAUGUCCCGCUCCCGGGCCCAACAGCGGAUUAGACCAUGACCCUGAUCAAAGGAUCCUUCAGCUAUUCCAGCGGUGAGGAGUACCACGGGGAGUGGAGGGAAGGUCGGAGGCACGGUGUUGGACAGCUGAAGUUUGCAGACGGGAGCAGCUAUGUCGGGCAGUUUGAGAACGGUCUGUUCAGUGGCUGUGGCUCACUCUUCUUCUGUGAUGGCUCCAGGUAUGAGGGGGAGUUCAUGCAGGGCAAGUUCCAGGGAGUUGGGGUGUUCACUCGCUACGAUGGGAUGAAGUUCGAGGGCGAAUUCAAGAUGGGCCGUGUCGAAGGACACGGUUUGCUUACUUUCCCAGAUGGAUUGCACGGACAUCCGAGAAACGAAGGAAUCUUUGAGAAAAACCAUCUUUCCAGGCGAGAGAAGUGCCAGGUUGUGAUCCAGAGGGCCCAGGCCUCCGCUAAGGCUGCCCGAUGCCUCACACUCUGACCGGCUGCUGGUUGCUAACUCCAGGCAGUGUCUCGCUUUACCUCCCCUCCUGCUGCCCUCCCCACCCAUUGCUCUGAGCUACCACUCCCCUCCUCUCUCCUCCACCUUCCCCAGCACUGAGCGUGACGAACAGCCCCUCUGCCUGGGUGCUGGGGACCCUACUCUCCUGUGGCUGAAAGCUCGGCUCUUUAACAUAAGCAAAGUGUGACUCAGAGCGCUUAACGGUGGUGGAGCUGGAUGGGAUCUGCAGGGAGGUAGGAGUUGACUGUAGGCACGGUCGUUGAGAAAGAUCUUCAGGUGUGAUCUGACGAUGGGCUGCCCAGGUUACAGGAGCAACCCCGAGCCCAUCCUCGCUCAGUCUCACUUCGACCUUGUCAAGGCAUGUCUCACCGUCAGCAGCCAAGACUUUCAGCCACUUCGACCCCGGGUUCUCUCUCACCCU